AUGCCGCCUCGACUAAACCUCUUCACAGCCAACAAGGCCGUCUCGGCCCUGCGCCAAUCCACCACGCCCGCACUCAUCGCCAGCCCCGUCCGAUUCCGCGCCGCUCAGUCACUACCCAUUCAGUGCCGAUGGAGCUCUUCGCGCGAUGGCUCAAAGAAGGUCGAGCCACAGCCCGAUCAGCAGACUUACCCGACUGUCGAUCAGCUGCCCGAUGUUAGCGAGGAGGCCAACGAGAUCUCCCGAAUUAUGGAUAAGGAAAAGCGUUGUGAUGGUAUUCCUUCUACUCCCGAGUUGGAUCAAGGGACGCCCGUUGAGGAGGUCCUCAGCCGCGAUAAGGACGCUAUGAAACACAUGCCGCAGGUUAUGCGAGACGCAUUGAAAAAGUCCGGUGGCUCGCGCUCGUUCUCGACUUCGGCUCGAAGCCUUAUGAACGAUCUGCAGGGUGUUGAGCCUAACAACGAGGCUAACCUUAUUCCUCAUAUUCCUGGACUCGAGGGCGCUAGUGAUGAGGCCACUGCUGCUCUUGCUAGUAUGAUUGAGCAGGUGCAGGGUCAGGCUCUUGAGGAAAACCCUGGGCUCAAGUUCGAUCCGCCUGCUCUUCCAGAGGAUAUGAAGACGUUGAACUUCCGCAAGCGCUACGAUACCAUGCAGGAUCAGUUCACUAAGAUGAUGAUGGAGAGUGGGAAAUUGACGAAGGCGCAGAAGAACAUGUCUCUCGUUCUGGACCACCUCCGCACCGCCUCUCCUCCCCAGAUCAACCCCCGUCGCCGUCUCCUCGGGGCUCCCCCAGCAUCCCAGCUCCCCCUCGACCCUGUCCUCUACCUUACUCUCGUCGUCGACUCCGUGGCGCCUCUCUUCCGCAUCCGUCAGCAGAAGGGUAUCGCCGGUGGUGGUACUGCCGUGCAGAUUCCUCACCCGCUGACUCUGCGCCAGCGCCGCCGUACUGCGAUCAAGUGGAUUCUUGAUGCGUCGGAUAAGCGACGUGAUGCGCUGUUUGCGAACCGUGUUGCGGCUGAGGUGGUGGCCGUUGCUGAGGGUCGUAGCGGUGUCUGGGAGAAGAGGGACCAACAGCACAAGAUUGUUGGUCUUAUUGGAUUGUAUUUCUUCUAUCCGGGUUUGGGGGCCGACUACCCUCCGGCCUCUCUCUUGAAGGUGGCUCCUACCUCGCACUCCGAUUCCAUUGAACUUGUCGACUACCUCCCUCCCUCCCACACAGCUACCACAACCGCAUCUGGCCCCGCUCGCUCAGACCAAUAUCGAGAUAGCGUUAGGCGGUUAGACCUUGCCGCCAACUCAAACCCCCUUACAGAUUUUGAUAUUCUUGAGGAAUCGCAGGAGAAGACAUUAGAGCACGACCAGCCUCAGGGCUUUCAUCUUCGGUUCUGGGCUGAGGCUCUCCGACGUCGCGCUCACAACGCAUCGCACGGGAACGUCGAUCCUGAUUCAAAAGCCAAGAUGAAGUUCUCGCAUAGUAUUCAGUUUAAUGCUGUGCCCGAUUGGAGCUCGAACUACAUCGCGUACAGCAAUUUGAAGAAAUUGAUCUACACCCUCGAGAAACAGGUCAAUCGCGUUGAGGGACCGUCCACCACAGAUGUAGAGUCUGCUCCGCUGCUGGGCGCUGAGCCGAGCAACCCGGAUGCAAUCUUUAAAAGGGCUCUUGACGUUGAGAUGGAUAAGAUCUGUUCCUUCUAUCAGAAGAAGGAGGCGGAGAUUUUUGAACUCGCAGAUGAGCUCAUAAAAGACGCUGAUGUAUAUCUUUCCGAAACGGACGGUGUUAAUAUGGACCCCGUCAGCGAGACAAUCAUAAAGGCAAGCUCCCGCCGCGGCAACAAUGUCUCGGCUCCGCGCCGGCGGUCUAGUGCUGUGAGCAAUGACUCGAUGGCGGACGAUGAAGGAGAAGGUGGUGAUAGCGACGACGAUCGUUCCCCGGCGGCCGUCUCACAUCGCCCAAGAGUGUCGCAGUCGAUCGAUGGCGAGUCUGGCACGGAGGACCAGUACGGUGAUUUGGUAGACUCUUCCUACUUUGGACUCGCGACCAGCCGAGAACCGCACGAGUCGUACUUGAACGACGAGGAUUUCCGCGCUCUUUAUAAUACCGGUAUAUCGUUAAAAAAGCGACUGAUCGAAUGCUACGUCUCACUCUGCGAACUUCGCUCCUUCAUCGAGCUGAACAAGACUGGCUUCGCCAAGGCCCUGAAGAAGUAUGACAAAACCUUGGACCGCAGCCUGCGCCGAGACUACCUAGCCACUGUUGUCCAUCCCGCACCACCUUUCACUGAAAGUACCAUGGCUGAAAUCGAUCGCCAUAUUGAGAACGUGGAGGGUGUGUACGCGGGCAUCGUCACGAAGAACGAUAAACAGUCUGCUAGGCGCGAGCUGCGUCUGCAUCUGCGUGAGCAUGUCGUUUGGGAACGGAACACUGUCUGGCGCGAGAUGAUCGAAAUCGAACGACGUGCGCAGGCCGCCAAUGUUGGUAUUCGCCGGACCCUCCUGGGCGGCGAUGACCCGGCUACCUCACGGCGCCAGGGCGACAAGAACGAGAUCCGCACCCAGGAGAUGUCAACCCCGCUUGGUCGAUUCCAGUUUCCGUUAUGGCUCUGUAGCUUGAGCUUUGGUACGCUGAUAUUUAGUAUCGCCAUAUUCGGCGUAAUGCUUUCCUUGAACGUGAUGGAAACUCCCGAGGAGCAGAACUGCUUGGCUAUGCUAGUCCUCGUUAGUAUCUUGUGGGCCACUGAGGCCAUUCCGCUGUUUGUCACUUCGCUUCUUAUCCCAUUCCUAGUCGUGACUCUAGGCAUCAUGCGGUCAGACGAAGAGCCGUACACGCGGCUGGGACCCAAGGAAUCAGUCGGCAAGGUGUUCGCGGCGAUGUGGACUCCUGUGAUUAUGCUACUCCUAGGUGGUUUCUCAAUCGCAGCGGCGCUGUCCAAGUACGAUAUCGCACGGCGCAUGGCCAUGUUUGUGCUAAGCAAAGCUGGAUCGAAGCCAUCUGUGAUGCUAUUGACCAACAUGUUUGUGAGCAUGUUCUUGAGCAUGUGGAUCAGCAAUGUUGCGUCCCCUGUGCUCUGCUACUCUAUCAUCCAGCCUCUGCUGCGCAACAUGCCUCCCGAGUCGGACUUCGCCAAGGCACUCGUGCUGGGUAUCGCGUUAGCCGCCAAUGUCGGUGGUGCAGCGUCCCCGAUUGCCUCGCCGCAGAACAUCAUUGCCCUGCAGAACAUGCAGCCGAACAUCAGCUGGGGCACAUGGUUCUUCAUCGCAUUGCCCGUCUGCAUCAUCUCCAUUCUACUCAUCUGGGUUCUGCUGCUGGUGACAUUCCGCCCGGGCCGCAACGCAACCGUGAUGCCCAUCCGCCCUGUCAAGGACCGCUGGACCGGCAUGCAGUCCUUUAUCAGCAUCGUCACGCUCCUGACGAUCGUCCUCUGGUGCGCCAGCCACCAGCUCGAGCACAUUUUCGGCGACAUGGGCGUCAUCGCCAUCAUCCCUCUCGUCAUCUUCUUCGGCACCGGCAUCCUCAACAAAGAGGACUUCAACAACUUCCUCUGGACGAUCAUCAUCCUCGCCGCCGGUGGUCUGUGUCUGGGCAAGGCCGUCACUUCAUCGGGCUUGCUGCACACAAUCGCCAUGGGAAUCACCGCGCGUGUUGAGAACCUCAGCCUAUACAGCGUCCUCUUAGUCUUCUGUUCUCUCAUCCUUGUCAUGGCCACCUUCAUCUCGCAUACUGUCGCCGCCCUUAUCAUCCUACCGCUUGUCCGCCAGAUCGGUGUUAGCAUGGAGAAUCCUCACCCCAACUUGUUGGUCAUGGCUAGUGCCUUGAUGUGCUCUGUUGCGAUGGCAUUGCCCACGAGUGGAUUCCCUAAUAUGACUGCUAUCAUGACUGAAGUACCUCAGACCGGCCAGCGAUAUCUCCAAGUCCACCAUUUCCUGACUCGCGGCAUCCCGGCCAGUCUCAUGUGCUUUGUGGUUAUUGUCACAAUUGGAUACGGACUGAUGUAUGUUGCGGGGUUGUAG